AUGUCGGUGCAGUCAGUCAGCAUCCUGCCAAGAGGUGUGAGCGCCGUGCCUAGGCAAAAUUGUGGGUGCAGAGGUCCGUUUGUGCAUAUUGAUUACUAUUGGUUGGGUCAACCACGAAACGUUGCCGGGCUUGGGCGUCUCCUGUUAUUUGGCGCCCAUAAAAUGGAUGAUGGCACAGAAAGGAACGCGUAUAGGGCCGCUGCCUGGGGGUUGCCGGGGCGGCCAGCGCCAGCUCUGGACGCGGCAGCAUGCGGGCCGCCAGCCGAGCGUAAGGAGAUGCACGAUCACCUAGCAGCCCCUCGCAUCCAUCAUCCCUACCAGAAUGCUUGGUGUCGGCUGGGUCUUCUCGCAAGCGUUGGAAAAAUCUAUGAACGAAAACGCAUUGCGGGCGUACUAUAG